AUGGACGCGCCAGUAAACGACGAACCUCCCCGUCGGCCCUCGACAGCCGGCGCAGGAAGCGAACCAGAAAUCAUCGAAACUCACCAAGAAGAAGCACCAACGACAAGCCACGCCCUCGCAGAAGAGAGCAAAAACUUUGAAGAAAAGGGUGCAAGCCAGAUCGAGCACGGCGACAUCGAAGUAAAGAACCUAGGAUGGAACGAUGAAGUUUACCGUGUGCCGCAGCCCCUCGUCGGGGGGCUCAAGAACGACGACCUCUGGACUUUGAUCCGGAGGUUUGAUAAGCAGGUUUUUUAUGUGAGGAGUAUUGAGGAGCCCCCGCUUGGGGAGCUGGAUAUGAAUAUUGCGGAUGAUGAGGAGUUUUCGCCGGAAAAGUUGAGGGCGCAGAUUGAGAGGUUGUACAUGUCUGUUUUUGUGCAGCUGUUUUCUUUCUGGAAGCAUAUUGUCAGACUCCGGUCUUGGAAGGAGUAUCAGAGGACAUCUGCUUUCUUGGCAGUGUACUCCAUGGCGUGGCUUCUUGAUCUUCUGGGACCGACCAUUAUUGUCUUUCUCAUGACUCUCAUUGUCUCUACACGAGCCAGAGAGAUCUGCUUCCCCGGAGCCCCUCCUUCUCUCAUCGAUCCCAAGACCGGAGGUGUUCAGACGCCGGCGGCUGGUGUUCUUGCGUCAGAUGAUUCAGUUACUGGAGCGCCAGAGAAGCACAAGGGCGAGGCGGUUGAGCAGGAGGCCCACAGUUUUGUUACGAGUUUGUCUACGGUAUGUUCGGGUGUUGUUGUGAGCACCGCUGCUGGAAAGCAUCCCCAAACGGACCCCGAUGAAGACGGUGCUGCUCCGGACCCUACUCAGCUCACCGAGGAUGUUACCGAUGCGAAGCAAAAGACUGGGGGAGACCAUGCGGGUAUUGAGCAUAAUAGGGCCAAGAAGCCAGUGUCCGACGCUGUGUGGGCAAGGGCCCGUCCAACGAUGCAUCUCAUCGCCGACUUUGUCGAUACCUGGGAGAGAUUCGGAAACGCCCUCAGCCCAGCUGCCCCUUUCCACCGUCACAGACCCAAGAUCAUCCUUGUGGGCGCUCUCUUCCCUCUCCUCCUAGGAUCAUGGUUCACGUCUCCGUACAUGCUCAUGAAGGGCGCCGGAUUCGCCGCUGGCUUUGGAUUCUUUGGCGAUCCCGUCAUCACUCCGGCUUUGAACUUUGUCAACAGGACGUAUCCUCGAUGGGAGAAGUAUGUGGAACUGCGAAACACUAUCCUCAAGGGUGUUCCGACGAAUGCUCAGCUGGCUAUUACUCUUUUGCGUAUUGGAGAGAGGAACAAGGCUCCUCUGCCUCCACCCCCGACUUCUAAUGUGCCUCCCCCCUGUGAACCUCAUGAGAACGCCGGUGAGGGUCUGGAUCAUUUAGAAGGAGUCUCGCAGGGUGAAAUCGCCGAGGCGGUGCAACCCGAUCCCGAAGUGAUCCACGAAGACGAGCACGAACAGGAAGAAGAAAAGACCAAGCACAAGAAGUCGCACAGAAUCAUGAACUUUAUCCGCGGCACGACAAAGGGCGGCGUACAAACGGCCCUCGCGGCCGACAAGGCAAAAGCCAAGGCCGGAGCCCGACACGCCAAGAACCGACUCGGCGUCGUCAAGGGUCAGGAGCAGCCAAACCCGGCUACAGGGCCGAUCCGGUUCCCGGCGCGGUACAAGGGUAAGAAGGGACAUGCUUACAUCACCGCUACGGCUACGACGCCUGCUGUAAGCUGGACGUCGGAUAUUAGCGAUGUGAAGCCGGCGUGGACGGUCACGAUUGGGGAGAUUGCGGAGCUUAAGAAAAUGGGAGGACUUGGAUGGAAGAGCAAGAUUAUUGUUGGUUGGGCUAUGGGGAGCGAGAUUGUGGACGGGUUGAUGAUCAAGACCAAGGACGGGAGGGAGCUGCAUCUCACGGCGGUUGUUAUGAGGGAUCAACUGUUUAACCGGCUGAUUUCUAUAGGACAGCAGAUGUGGGAGGCGUGCAUGUAG